GGCGGGAGGCGCCCGGCUGGGCGGGAGGUGUGUGCGCGCGUGUGCCGCGCGGUGGGGAGCGGCAGGUCGCGCUGCCGGCUGUCAGCUAGCUUCGCGCCGCCACCCUAUGGCAGGAGGAGGCGCGCGGGACCAGCCGUGGGGGGCUGGCCGUGAGUGAGCCCCUCUGCCUGUCGCCCGAGAGCAUGUCACCUCCAGUCUCCGCGUCAGCCUUUGCCAGCAGCACCCGCGUCCCCGCCUUCAGCAGCCGCAGUCGCAGCCUCUGCCUUGGGCAUUGGCCUCCAGACCCUCUCCCCUGAUACCCCCAGACCCUAGCGACAGGGGACCAUGGCUGGCCAGGGGGACUGCUGCGUCAAGGUGGCCGUCAGGAUCCGGCCCCAGCUAUCAAAGGAGAAGAUUGAAGGCUGUCACAUCUGUACCUCUGUCACCCCAGGGGAGCCCCAGGUCCUGCUGGGGAAGGAUAAAGCCUUCACUUAUGACUUUGUCUUUGACUUGGACACAUGGCAGGAACAGAUUUAUACAACCUGUGUAAGCAAGCUCAUUGAGGGCUGCUUUGAGGGCUACAAUGCCACAGUGCUGGCCUAUGGACAGACAGGGGCCGGGAAAACAUACACUAUGGGCACUGGCUUCGACAUGGCGACAUCGGAGGAGGAGCAGGGAAUCAUUCCAAGAGCCAUCACACACCUCUUCAGGGGCAUCGCUGAGCGCAAGCAACGGGCUCAGGAGCAGGGCAUAGCUGGGCCUGAGUUCAAAGUCAGCGCUCAGUUCUUGGAGCUCUACAAUGAGGAGAUCCUUGAUCUGUUUGAUAGCACACGCGACACUGACACCCGCCACCGCAGGUCCAACAUCAAGAUCCAUGAGGAUGCCAGUGGUGGCAUCUACACCACAGGCGUCACUUCUCGCCUCAUCAACUCCCAGGAGGAGCUGAUCCAAUGCCUGAAGCAGGGCGCCCUGUCUCGCACCACGGCCAGCACCCAGAUGAAUGUCCAGAGCUCCCGCUCCCACGCCAUCUUCACCAUCCACCUGUGCCAGAUGCGCAUGUGUGCCCAGCCCGACCUGGUGAACGAGGCAGUGACCAGGCUUGCGGAGGGCGCAGCUCCUACAAAUGAGUAUGAGACUCUCACGGCUAAGUUUCACUUUGUGGACCUGGCUGGCUCAGAACGCUUGAAGCGGACGGGAGCCACCGGCGAGCGGGCCAAAGAGGGCAUCUCCAUCAACUGUGGCCUGCUGGCCUUAGGCAAUGUCAUCAGCGCCCUGGGAGACCAAAGCAAGAAGGUGGUGCACGUGCCCUACAGGGACUCCAAGCUCACUCGGCUUCUCCAGGACUCACUGGGGGGCAACAGCCAGACCAUCAUGAUUGCCUGUGUGAGCCCCUCGGAUCGGGACUUCAUGGAGACGCUCAACACACUUAAAUAUGCCAAUCGGGCUCGCAACAUCAAGAACAAGGUAGUGGUGAACCAGGACAAGACCAGCCAGCAGAUCAGCGCGCUGCGGGCCGAGAUCGCACGCCUGCAAAUGGAGCUGAUGGAGUACAAGGCGGGCAAGCGGGUGAUCGGGGAGGACGGCGCCGAGGGCUACAGUGACCUGUACCGGGAGAAUGCCAUGCUCCAGAAGGAGAACGGGGCACUGCGGAUGCGGGUGAAGGCCAUGCAGGAGGCCAUCGAUGCCAUCAACAACCGCGUCACCCAUCUCAUGAGCCAGGAGGCCAACCUGCUUCUGGCCAAAGCUGGUGAUGGCAAUGAGGCUAUUGGCGCUCUGAUCCAGAACUACAUCCGGGAGAUUGAGGAGCUGCGGACAAAGCUCUUGGAGAGUGAGGCCAUGAACGAGUCCCUCCGGCGCAACCUGUCCCGGGCCUCAGCUCGGAGCCCCUACUCCCUGGGAGCAUCUCCAGCUGGUCCAGCCUUUGGGGGCAGCCCGGUCAGCUCCAUGGAGGAUGCUUCUGAGGUGAUCCGCAGGGCCAGGCAGGACCUGGAGCGGCUAAAGAAGAAGGAGGUCAGGCAGCGGAGGAAGAGCCCAGAGAAGGAAGCCUUCAAGAAGCGGGCAAAACUCCAACAGGAAAACAGUGAGGAGACGGAUGAGAAUGAGGCUGAGGAGGAGGAGGAAGAGCGAGACGAGAGUGGCUGCGAGGAGGAGGAAGGACGUGAGGAUGAAGAUGAGGACUCGGGCAGCGAGGAGAGCCUGGUAGACUCUGACUCUGACCCAGAGGAGAAGGAGGUAAACUUCCAGGCAGACCUGGCAGACCUGACCUGCGAGAUCGAGAUCAAGCAGAAACUGAUUGAUGAGCUGGAGAACAGCCAGCGGCGGCUGCAGACGCUCAAACACCAGUAUGAGGAGAAGCUGAUCCUGCUGCAGAACAAGAUCCGGGAUACGCAGCUGGAGCGGGACCGCGUGCUGCAGAACCUCAGCACCAUGGAGUGCUACACGGAGGAGAAAGCCAACAAGAUCAAGGCAGAUUAUGAGAAGAGGCUACGAGAGAUGAACCGGGACCUGCAGAAGCUACAGGCUGCUCAGAAGGAGCAUGCCCGGCUGCUCAAGAACCAGUCGCGCUAUGAGAGGGAGCUGAAGAAGCUGCAGGCUGAGGUGGCUGAGAUGAAGAAGGCUAAGGUGGCCCUGAUGAAGCAGAUGCGGGAGGAGCAGCAGCGUCGGCGGCUGGUGGAGACCAAGAGGAACCGCGAGAUUGCUCAGCUCAAGAAGGAGCAGCGGCGGCAAGAGUUUCAGAUCCGAGCCCUGGAGUCCCAGAAGCGGCAGCAGGAAAUUGUCCUGAGGAGGAAAACCCAGGAGGUUUCUGCACUGCGGCGCCUGGCCAAGCCCAUGUCUGAGCGGGUGGCAGGGCGUUCAGGACCGAAGCCACCUAUGCAGGAUUCAGGAGCUGAAGUGUCGGCCAGCACCACCUCCUCUGAGGCAGAGUCGGGAAACCGCUCCGUCUCCAGCAUUGUGCGCCAGUGGAACCGCAAAAUCAACCACUUCCUGGGGGACCAUCCAGCCAACACAGUCAAUGGCACCCGGCCAGCGAGAAAGAAGUUCCUGAAGAAGGGGGCAAGCCAGAGCUUCAGCAAGGCUGCAAGGCUCAAGUGGCAGUCCCUGGAGAGGAGGAUCAUCGACAUCGUCAUGCAGAGGAUGACCAUUGUCAACCUGGAGGCCGACAUGGAGCGGCUCAUCAAGAAAAGGGAGGAGCUGUUCCUCCUGCAGGAGGCACUGCGGAGGAAGCGUGAACGGCUGCAGGCUGAGAGCCCAGAGGAGGAGAAGGGGCUGCAGGAGCUGGCUGAAGAGAUGGAGGUGCUGGCGGCCAACAUCGACUACAUCAAUGAUAGCAUCACUGACUGCCAGGCCACCAUCAUGCAGCUGGAGGAGACCAAGGAGGAGCUGGACUCCACAGACACGUCGGUGGUCAUCAGCUCCUGCUCUCUGGCCGAAGCCCGCCUCCUGCUGGACAACUUCCUCAAGGCGUCCAUUGACAAGGGGCUGCAGGUAGCCCAGAAGGAGGCCCAGAUUCGGCUACUGGAGGGACGACUGAGGCAGACAGACAUGGCGGGGUCCUCCCAGAACCACCUGCUCCUAGAUGCCCUGCGGGAGAAGGCCGAGGCACACCCCGAGCUGCAAGCCCUCAUCUACAAUGUGCAGCAGGAGAAUGGCUAUGCCAGCACUGAUGAGGAGGUCUCAGAGUUCUCUGAGGGCAGCUUCUCCCAGUCAUUCACCAUGAAAGGCUCCACCAGCCAUGAUGACUUCAAGUUCAAGGGGGAACCCAAGCUGUCUGCCCAAAUGAAGGCUGUGUCGGCUGAGUGCCUGGGGCCCCCACUGGACAUUUCCACCAAGAACAUCACCAAGUCCCUGGCCUCCCUUGUCGAGAUCAAAGAGGAUGGAGUGGGCUUCUCCAUCCGUGAUCCCUACUACCGGGACAAGGUCUCCCGCACUGUCAGCCUGCCCACCCGGGGCAACACUUUCCCCCGGCAGUCUCGAGGCUCAGAGACAUCCCCUCUGACCCGGAGGAAAUCGUAUGAUCGAGGGCAGCCCAUCAGGUCCACAGACGUGGGGUUCACACCUCCCUCCUCCCCUCCCACUCGACCUCGCAAUGACCGCAAUGUCUUUUCUCGCCUUACCAGUAAUCAGAGCCAGGGGUCAGCGCUGGACAAGUCUGAUGACAGCGACUCCUCUUUGUCGGAGGUCCUGAGGGGCAUCAUUACCCCCGUCGGAGGAGCUAAGGGUGCUCGGACAGCCCCGCUGCAGUGUGUCUCCAUGGCUGAGGGCCACACCAAGCCCAUCCUCUGCCUGGAUGCUACGGACGAGUUGCUUUUCACAGGGUCCAAAGACCGAAGCUGCAAGAUGUGGAACCUGGUCACUGGACAGGAGAUCGCAGCUCUCAAAGGCCACCCUAACAAUGUGGUCUCCAUCAAGUACUGCAGCCACUCAGGGCUUGUGUUCUCCGUGUCCACCUCCUACAUCAAGGUGUGGGACAUCCGGGACUCUGCCAAGUGCAUCCGCACGCUCACGUCCUCAGGCCAGGUCAUCUCAGGCGAUGCCUGUGCCGCCACCUCCACGCGUGCCAUCACCAGUGCCCAGGGGGAGUACCAGAUCAACCAGAUGGCCCUCAGCCCUUCGGGCACCAUGCUGUACGUUGCCGCUGGCAACGCUGUGCGCAUCUGGGAGCUCAGCAGGUUCCAGCCCAUUGGCAAGCUCACUGGUCACAUUGGCCCCGUGAUGUGCCUGACGGUCACCCAGACUGCCAACCAGCAUGACCUUGUGGUGACUGGUUCUAAGGACCACUAUGUUAAGAUGUUCCAGCUGGGCGAGUGUGUGACAGGCACCAUUGGCCCCACCCACAACUUCGAGCCCCCACACUAUGAUGGUAUUGAGUGUCUGGCCAUCCAGGGAGACAUCCUGUUCAGUGGCUCCAGGGACAACGGCAUCAAAAAGUGGGAUCUGGAGCAGCAGGAGCUUAUCCAGCAAAUCCCCAAUGCACACAAGGAUUGGGUGUGUGCCCUGGCCUUCGUCCCAGGCCGCCCCAUGUUGUUGAGUGCCUGCCGUGCGGGUGUCAUCAAGGUCUGGAAUGUGGACAACUUCACACCCAUCGGGGAGAUCAAGGGCCACGACAGCCCCAUCAAUGCCAUUUGCACCAACUCCAAGCACAUCUUCACAGCCUCCAGUGACCUGACAGUGAAGUUUUGGAGCAUACGGCGGUUCCCAGAGGCCCACCCUCGGAGCUAGGUCAGAAGGGUGCCUGGACCUCUGCCCCAGCAGCCCGCGCAGCAUGGAAUGGAGGCUGUAGCCAACCAGAUGGGGAGCUGCCCAGGGCACAGAGGGUGUGGCCCCUCCUGCUCCACUUCCUCUCCCCCGGACUUCCCACAGGAUAGGCUCCCUGUCCUCCCCUGCCUCUCAGGAGCCUCUUGGUGAGAGAGGUUGGGGAGGAGUUAAGCUGUGAAGCCAAAGGCAUUAUCCCCUCCUCUCUCUCCCAGGCCAUUCCCUGGCCUCCCCCUCCGAAAGCCAGGCCAUGGUGUCUCCUGCUGAGCCGGCCCUGUCCUGUGUUCCCCACUGUUGUCCCAGGGUGGGGCCCAAUAGGAAGGUAAAGUAGCCCCGGCCCCAUGCUACCCCUCUGAUGAGCUGGCCUCUCCUCCAUCCUACAGCCCAACACUGGAGCCACUGCACCUGCAUCUGACCCUACAAGGUAGUCAGUCCUCAGGUAACCAUGGAGACCAGGCACAGGCAGCUGGGCCUGCAGUGGACCCUGAAGCCUAUGUCACCAACAGCUGAUUCCAGCAGGCCCCAGCUUUCCUUGGCAGCCCUUUCCGGUAGGGCCAUGGAAGAGCUACUAGAAAGCCCCUUUGGGGAGAUGGUCAUGAAUUUAGUUAGUUAUUAUUUUUAUUUUUUCCUGUUGCCUCCUGGAAACUGACUUGAAGUUUCUUCCCACAUCUUCUGUCCUUCAACCCCUAGGGGUCUGCUCCUAUGACACUCGGAGCCCACCUCCUCUGUUGGCUUUGCUUUGUAGAGGAGGGGAAUACCUGCUUCCACACUCUGCAGCUCCAGCCUAGCCCAGACUGUGCCCCUGGGGACCCUUCUAGUGCACCCCUAGCAACUAGGCUGCCUGAUGCUUCAGUGCCUUCCUCAGCCCAGGCCUGGCCCCCUGCUGGGCAGCCUUACACCAGCCAUGCCCUCGGUGCCGCCUGUGUCUUCUCACAGGUCUCCUGCCCUCUGCCCCUAGAAGAGGAGUGCGCCCCCUGCAGCCCAAGGCCAGGGAACCCCACCCCCAGAGGCUCAUGUGGUCACGUAGGAAGCAGCUUGAGUCAGCCAUGUUUUCAUCAUCAUUGGGGGCAGGGAGUCUCUUCAGCUUUUUUCCUGCGGUUAUUCGGGAGACUCAUUUUCGAGCCUUAACCCAAAGCAUAGUGCAAGGCCCUUCCCUUUAGGAGAUCAGUGGUAAGGAGGCAGUUGUCAGUUCUUGGAGCCUUCCUUUCCCCUGGGGCUGUGACCUCACGCCUCCAAGCAUGGGGCUAAAUCAGUGAUCGAGUGCCCCCUGUCUGAGUAACUCUGGAUUUACAGGGAAGGAUCUCAGAAGGGGCUGGCUCCAUCCCUUGUCCUAGGCUUUGCCCCAAGCAACGGCCACACUGGUCUUGGGCUUCUCAGCCUCUGUCUGGGAACCAGGAGUCCCUUCUCUGUUCAGAAGACAUGGUGACUUUUGAACUUUCCAGCAGUGCCGUUGUCUCUGCCCACAGCUUAUUUUUGUGUGGCCAGGGACCUUGGAGCCUCCCCUGGUAUGGGAGGGUCAGGCCCCGUGAAGGCUGUGUGGGGCUGUUCCUUCCUUGGCGCUACCCCAGAGGCUGAAGAGGUCGGCCUGCCUGUGUGUGGCCUCUGCCAGCUGUGACGUUAGGUCUGAUCAGCCAGUGUCGGGACGACCUGCCUCGAAUGCUGGUCUUCUGGAACCAGAACAGUCUGUCUGCACUGACUGCAAACACUUCUUCCUCUGCCGGCUGCCCCAGGCUUGCUGGGCAACCCCUUUCAUGUUCAGAAGUGAUCACCAUCCUCCUUUCCGGCCCCAUCCAGCCCUGCUCCCCGAACGGAAAGCUUUGACCUUGCACCCUGUAAGAAUGACCCGUCUGCAUGACUGUUUACAAACUACAGAAACACAUGAGAUUUGUGUCCUCCUGCCCUCCCCCAUGGGCUGGGGAUGCCCCAGCCUGGAUUGACUGUAUUGUAGCUUCAAGGCCUGUCCUCGCACAAAGUGUGGGCUUAUGGCCUCGAGAGGUGCUCUUCGUCAUUGCCCGCUGUCAGCCGUCUCUGAUGGGCCACUACCUCACGGCAGGGCUGACUCCCCUGUCCCUGCGAGUAUCGAUACUCUAAACUUGAAGUCCUUUGGGAUCCCUGAGCCUGGCAUCCCUAAGCUGCUCUAAGCUGUGCUGCACGAGCACUGGGGCCUCUGCCCACACUUCUGGGAACACCCACGGUACACAGAUGGGGCAGGCCCCCAGCUCCACCUCUUGCACAAGCAUCCUAAGUGUUGGAAGCACAAACCAGUUGUUAUCUGAGCACAACGGCGGCGGGGCAGCUCUCAGCAGGCAGCGUGUCCAGGCUGGGAGGCAGGCGGCACCUUGAAGGGUAGCCAGAAACCCAAGUCAGAUGGGUGCCCUGUAUGGAGGUAGGCAGCUCCCCUUGCUCAGAGCAAGGCUGGGUCCAAUUCUAGGGCUUGUUAUGUUACAUUGUGUCUCUACCCUUGACUUGAGGCCCAGGUCACUGAUGCCAGGGGCCCCAGGAGCAGAGCACAGUCUAGCUUAAACUCCCUAGUCUUUCAAUGCCUGAAUGCAGGCUGAUGCUAGCACCGCUGAGCCUAAGGAGUGUGAACUCAGACUUUCUCCGGAGCCAGGCCCUGUCCCUGACUUUGAAGCUGGCUGAUUCCCACUGCCCUUCAGCUUCUCAGCACAGGCCUCCCUCUCAGUAUUAGCCAGUUCAGUGUUAGCUUUCAAUCCAGUUGCUUUACUCCUUGAGGGCAGCCAGAAUCCCCCAGAGGCUGCACCUGAGCCACCCUUGGAGUCUGCGGUGGAGGGAGGGGAGGGGAAGAGGCCAAGGCCACACAGCCAAGCCUCGUGGUGGUCAGGGUGCUGCCACCAGGCACUUGGGAGGGGACAGCUGUAGUCUCCCACUGGCCCAGCUGAGGCCUUGAAAACUCCCUUCCCUUGUCCAGCCCCACUGCCUACUGGUGGCUAUGUGGCUCUGCCACAGGGCAGCUUAAAGCAUAAAACCGCUGCAGUAAAGCUACUGAGUUGCCAGGAGUUAACGCACCACCUAAUGUGUGGAGACAGGAGGCAGCUGCUGUGAAGGGACAUAAUGUCCCUUUGCCAUGUCUUCUACCAACUCGUGAGAGCUGCCCCCACUGGAAUCUGGGCUGGGCAUAGGCACACCCCUUGGUUGUUCAGUUCCUGCCCAGACCUGGUAUGUUUGUGGGCAGGGCCUGCCCAGCCGAAGCAGUGAACUCCUUUCCACUGUGAAGUCCAAACUUGUGGCAUUGUCCCCCUGCCAUCUCAAACAAGAAAUCGCUCACUGCUCUCUUUGCAGGGCACAGCCUCCUCCUGUGGUGGCCAGUGUCCCCCACGAGCGUUUCUGGGCCUGGUCUUCUUUCCUGGCUCCCAGAUCUUCAUGCCCUGUAGAGCAGAAGCUGCAGGGAACGUGUCUUUGUCAUCUGUGUUCUGUUCCCCAUGCCCAUGCCCCUCUACCUCUAGCACUCAGAGGACCCCUGAGCCCUAGCACACCCCAGCUUAGUACUUUCAAAUGUGUGUCCCAAGGCCCUUGCCGAGAAGUAGGGAGUGGAAACUACUUGAUGAAGAAUAGUUGGAGAAGACCCCUAGGGAUGGGGCCCUGCUGCCCACCAGCUCUUUUCUAGCCUUCACCCCCUGCCUAGGCUCGUGUGCCCCUCUGAGAUGUGGCUAGCACAAGGUGUAUAUAUAAGUUUUGUACCUCUGCUGAUGACUGUACAUAGUGUAUGAAAGUUAUUUAAGCCCCUUGCUGUACAUUUCUGUUCCUAGAUUGAAUGUGUGUGUUCUAAGAAGUUGUCAUAAAUAAAAC